AUGAUCUCACUCAUCACCCUCAUUCCCUGCGUUUUGGCGCUCUGUGGCUUUGUCCACGCCGCUCCCGCAACCCCCAAUAUAGCCCUCGACGAUGUUGAUGAUUUCACCAUUGUUCCCGUCUACUGGGAACUUCCCGUCAUGCCCGACGACCCUAACGGCGCCACGGUAACUGUCGAGGGUACCAUCCAGCAGGCCAUCGCCAAGAUGGACAUUGACUACCCCGGCUGGAACUAG